CUCUGAAUAUACAGUAUUGUUUCCCUAUGUCAAUGAGCGUGGAAACAUAACUGCAAAUAGGUUGCUUGUAAAUUUAAGGAUUAUUCCAUACCCAUGCGUUUAUGUUCAGUUUUAUGAAUAUCGCGCUGUUUUAAUUCUAAAUUGCUGUCUGACAGUGUAUUUUGAAGACCUGAGAAUGGGAACCGAGCUGCUCUCCGACCUCGACAGCCGAUUCUUUGCCGACAACUUGCUGACGAACGAGGAUUGGGAUGCCUGUCUGUACAAAUGUGAGACAAUGGAGGAGGGUGAUGAUGAGGUGGACUACCUGCAGAGUUUCAAAUACGAUUCCAUGUUUGACAGUGAUCUUGUGUUAUCCCUGGAUCCAAGUAGUCCCCUUUCACCAUGGAAACAAGUGACAGAAGAUGUUUUGACAGAAGACAGUGAUCUUUUGAGGGAAAAUAAUGCUGGACCUUCAGAAUUCUUACCUGCAGACAUGUUGAUCCAGGUGAAGUCUGAACCUAGCUCCCCAGCCUCCUGUCACAGCUCUGAGUCUUCUAUGUCUUCAAACUGUGACUCCUCCAGCUUUUAUCAGCAGGGUGUAAAUGGUGAAAGUGCAGUGACUGUCCUAAAAUCUGAGAACCCCCCAACGCCACCCUACAUGUUUGGAGACAUCUUAUCUCCUCCUCUGAGCACAGUUCAGAUUACCAUACCACCAAAAUUGGAAGGUGUGACUACAGGUCUGCUCAAUCACACAGUCCCAGCCCAGCAGACCACAGCAACACUGAAAGCUAGCAGCAUAUUAAAAAGCAAACCAGCAAUCCAGCCCAAACCAGUAUGCGUUACUACAAUCCCUGUGACUCAGACUAGUAGCCCAACCAAGACCAUCAUCUUGCAGUCUGUGCAGGCUAUGGACCAGUCAUUACCAGUUUCAGGCCAGUCCAUGAUGCUUGCACAGUCAGACCUGCUCCAUUUGGGUCCUGUUCCCAGCAUAAUUAAAGUAGAACCUUCAUCUCCGGCCAGUAACAUAACUGCUGUCAGUGGUGUAAGUGGUAGCAGUCCAGCCACAACAUUUACUAGUAGUAAUCUCCUCUCAGGGCCAUCCAAAACAGUGAACAGCAAACCCAUCAUUCCUGCACCCAGUCAUGGUGGCGUCAGCUCUGGCGACAUUGAUAUGAAGGUGCUAAAAAGACAGCAGCGCAUGAUCAAGAACCGGGAAAGUGCUUGCCAGUCAAGGAAAAAGAAGAAGGAAUACUUACAGAGCCUAGAGAGUAAACUACAGGAGGCGCUGUGUGAGAAUGAGAAGCUGAGGAAGGAGAAUGCAUCUUUAAGGAAGUUACUAGAGUCUGUUAAUGAGGGCACUGAUGUCCGACUUGGUUUUGCUAACAACAGGAAAGCAGUGUGUGUCAUGGUAGUCCUGUUGUUCAUCACUUUUAGCUUUGGACCUGUGAGAAUCACAGAUAAAACCCUGGAACCAUCAGCACCAGUAGGAACAGGACCUUUGAAAGGACGGCGUCUUCUGGAAUUUUAUCCAGACCAAGAAGCACAUUUUAAUAAUAACCUGGAAAGAGAAAAGGAAGCAGAACCUAUACGUAUGAAAAUGCGGCGAGAGACUGAAAUGGACAUGAAAGCCUCUACCAGACGCAGUGUCCAUUUCAGAAAUGUUACAGCAACGUUUUCUGAUGUCAAGGACCUGAUGCCGGAUAUGCAUCAGCUCUUCAGUACUUCAGAUUGUCGUCAGUUUAAUCGCACUGAAUCCCUCAGACUUGCAGAUGAGCUGCAUGGUUGGGUCUACAGACACCAAAUUGACCGAAAAAAAUUAGGAGAGAAGCCACAGCGUGCCAAAAAGGCAAGAAUGGCACAGAAGGCCCAACAGAGGAAGUUCAACCUGUCAAGAUAUCUUCCAGCUCAUUCACAAAAGACUGUAGACAGGGUUUCUUCCAGCCAGCUGCAAAUCUACCCUGGACCAGAUCAGAGAAAUGACGAUUUCUUAGAUGCCAUUGACCGCCGAGAGGACACCUUUUAUGUUGUUUCAUUCAGGAGGGACCACUUAUUAUUGCCUGCCAUCAGUCACAACAAGACUUCACGUCCAAAAAUGUCUUUGGUCAUGCCAGCAAUGGCUCUUAAUGAAACAGUCUACAACUCCUCACAAGGCUAUGAAGUGAUGAUGCAGAUCGACUGUGAGGUUAUGGACACCCGCAUCAUUCAGAUCAAGAGCUCCAAAGUCCCUGCUUUCCUGAAGGAACACCGCAGAAUGGACAAUGUAACAUCGUCUUUGCAUGACCGUCACAGUGCGCCAAGUGCAGAGCCCACAAGACAGGAUACGGUCGGCAAAGACAGGGUCGGUCCUCAUACCGAAACCUCAUAUUUCUUCUCUCAGCACGAUGCCGUCUAACUGAGCACUUGAAGGACUGAGAAUAUGAAAGCAGCUGAAGUGCUUGCCCCCUGAAUCAGGGCGGACCCUUGUUAAAACAGCAAGCACUUUACCUAACCACUGUAAUGAACGCUGACUGGCAUGAUUCCUUUCACCUCUGUAACCCUUUGCUUAUUUCAGGACCUCUUUUUGCUUCACUGUGCUCUUCCGUCCGGCUUUGUCCCCUCCAUGUCUAUCUGGUGCAGGUCAGUACUACAAAUAUCGUUGGGUGCAGGGACAUCGCAAACAUGCCAGGUAUGUUGUGUGUGUGUGUGUUCUACGACCUGCGAGACAGAAUUUUCUUUUAAGAGGUGAGAGAUUUGAAUAUGCCUGAUGGCACAAGCAAUAUGUUUAUAUUUGUGAAAACCAGGGUUAUUCUUUUUCCUUUUGUAAAUAGAACACUUCCUGAAAUUCCAGCCUUAUUAUUUUUAUUUGUGUUUAAUUUUUCUGUUAUUUUUUUACCUUUGUGAUAACUUUUGGUUGUGAGGAGUCAAACUUGUAAAUUUAAUUGUCAAGUUGUUUUGUUUUUUUUUAUCUUGUGUGCUAAUUGUAAUGUCAAAAUAAUGUUGAACAAAGUUUGGAUUUAGUCAGAGGGAGUGUGUUUGGUCUGAGGCCAUCUCUGCUAAACAAAAUUGUAUGGUCUGAGCCAUCUGCUCUUGGCUGACAUUCACGAAAGGCCAGUUAGUGUGCAGCUAAUGCAAAAAUGCAUCAGUUUAUGAAUCCCACUGUUGUGACUGCAGACUCAACAAAACUCAGCACUUAGCCCUCAAAACUGUUCAGCUUUCGAAUUUUCAUUGAUGAAUAAUAAGUACUAGCAUCCAUCCUGGACUGGUUCGUACCUGACCCCCAAUACUUCAGAUAGGCUCCAGCCCCAAUAAACCUGAAUUGGAUUCAUCAGACUGGAAGACGGAUUGAUGAAUAGUGAGUAUUAUUUAUGAAAUGAACCUAAUAUUUUCCACAAAUAUAAUGCUUAAUUCAAUAAAUGUUACUCACAGUGAAGCAGUAGUUGUAACAAGUCAUGAAGCCUCAGUUAUAGUCAGACUGGGACUUGUGCCAGUUCUGCAUUUCAAGCCUACAAAUAUAAUAAAAAUUGUGAAGGGAAAUUUACUUCGGAAAUGUUACUGCUGCUGUGCCUCUAAGAUGUUAGCACUCAAUUUUGUAAAGUGCAUGUUAUUUUUGUCGUUUUAUUGUAUACAGUUAUAUUGUAUACUCUGAGAAUCCCCCAACUGAUAUGCAGGCGGUGAUUGGUUCAUGCCAUGUGCCUGCUUAUGCCGGGGGAGUUUAUAGGAAAAGGCCGUCUUCUGUAAUUGAAAGAUGAAUUCAUAGUGUGUGAAUACCCUUAAGGUGUGUUGAAAAAUCCAAAUGGAAGCUUUGUUGAUUUUUUUUAUUAUUAUUAUUAUUAAAUUGUUCUAUACCUUGUACAUACUUGAGUGAAAAUCAUUUGAUUUAAAAAUAAAAAAGACCAAUUUAUGGAAAUAGGCUGUGAGGAUUUGUAAAUACAAGAGUUAACAAUAAAAUAA